UUAACCUUAAAAUAACCUCAAAAGAUAUUGGUUCUGUUGCAUUUUAUAUAAGAAUUGCAAUAAAAAUGAGUGAAGAGUCUUCACAGAAUGGAGACCGAAAUAACGUUGAGAGUCAAUUAUUAGAAUUGGCUAAGUCUCAACCUGAAGGUAUUUCCAAUGACGACAUAAAGGAACACAUGAAAGAUGUACCUUUGCCUGAAAUCACUUUAAUUAUCAACAAAUGUCUCAAGAAUGGCACUUUUGAUUUGUUUAAAACCAAAGACAAACUCUUUUAUAAGUAUAAAGACCCAUCAAAAAAAACUACGAAUAAGGGAGCAGACAGUGAAGAAAAAAUUGUUUACAAGAUUAUAGAGGAAGCCGGGAACAAGGGCAUUUGGAUAAGAGAUAUCAGAUUUAAGUCUAAUCUUACCAUGACACAAUUAAAUAAAGUACUUAAGAGUUUAGAAACGAAGAAAAUUAUUAAAGCUGUUAAGUCUGUCUCGGCUAGUAAAAAAAAAGUUUAUAUGCUUUAUGAUUUGGAACCUGAUAACUCAGUCACAGGAGGUGCUUGGUACCAAGACCAAGACUUUGAAUCUGAAUUUGUCGAUGUCUUAAGUCAACAAUGCCAUCGGUUUCUAGUCCAAAAGUGGGAGGAAGCUAAUAAAAUGAGUGGUGGACCACUACUAGCAAGAAAUAGAAGUUAUGCCACUGCUAGUGAUGUUCAUAAGUUCAUAUCCGAAUUAGGAAUAAGCAAAGUCUCCUUGUCUAUUGACGAUAUUGAGAGUAUUUUAUAUACAGUCGUUUUGGAUAAUAAUGCUGAGAGGAUAGUAGCUACCAACGGAUCAUAUCUUUACAGAGCAGUGAAUCGUUUCUUGCCUUCGCCAGGGCUAGUGAAAACUACUUGUAGUGUAUGUCCAGUUGCAAAUCGUUGUGCAGAUACUGGUCUUAUUAAUCCAAAAGUUUGUACUUAUUUGGCAGAUUGGCUUGCUAGUUAAAUCAAAUUUUCUUUUAAUUUUUUUGUACCAGGUUAUAUUAGUGUAUAAUAGUAAAAUAUUUUAAUUUUUUGAUAAAUGCCUUUUGGAAAUUAUGCAUUUUAUGAAGUUAUAGUAAACAAAAAUGUAUAUCAAUAAAUAUAUAAAUAUGUUGUUUUUGUUACUUUUUGGUUAUAUUACGACAGCCUAUUUCGUUACUAUGGCUAAAUAUCGCCACUAAGAGAUAAUUGUCUAGAAUAAUAUUCAUGCAUGAUUAACUUUAUUAACUUAUAUUGCGUUUAAAAAAAAGGUUUAACAAUAAGAUUAAUAUGCAUUCUGCAAAAUCUGGGAGGUAUUGGCAAAACUAAGCAACCAAGAGAUGGUUCAGUUAAUAGGGAAAUGUAAUUAUAAGUUUUGUGAA